AUGGAGGCCUCCAGAUACUCUGCGAAGGACAUGCUGCGUUUGCGCCGCACCCAUUCGCCUGACAAAGAAGUUUCCUACAAACUCGCUGGACGAGUCGACGAAGACAACGAUUUGGGGGAAAUCAUUCGCACCGAAUCUGCGCACUCGCUAUCCCUUAUCGUUGAGGAGAGCGGCGGUUCCAGUGAUUCAGAUGAUCAAUUUCGCCGAGGCCCUGCUCAGCAACUUGAUGGUACCGACUCAGAGCGACAGUACCAAGUCCGAAACGAUUCUGACAUUAGCCGGGCACCAAUUGUGGCACCGGCGGAUCUUUCAACUCAGAAAUCGGAGGGCUUCCAAAAGUUCUACAACUCUGUCAUGUCUCCCACUCAUGUUAGAGUCACUGCUGGUGGCCGGAUCGUGCCCAACACGCGUGGCCCACCUUCCCCCAUAUCAAAGUGGAAACGAGAGCGUGGCUCGCUCAACGGUCAGAUUCAUUCUCGCACCCUGAGCGGCAAUCAACCUGAGGGCUUCGCCUACCCUGUCAUGCCUCCAAGUUGGGGACACAUGACUGCUGUGGUUCCUCCCCAAACUCAAGGCCCCAUGCCUGGGAUGACGAUGAGAUCUCCAGACGGUUACGCUCGUAUGGCGCCUCCUCCCAUGGGCUACAACAUGGCUGCUGUCCCUUACAACCAGUUCCCUCCCUCCAAUGCUGGCUACUUUGUCAUACCUCCCGAUAUGGGAAUGGAACCGGCGCGAAACGUUCAUCUCUCGCCCGUCGAGCAGUUUGAUCCUACCCGACCUUUCUACUACAAUGGCCAAUUGUUGAUUGCGAACGGAAAUAACUUGUACCCCAUCAACAUGGCUCCUCAGGGCAGUUUCGUUAAUGCACAUGCGCCUCCCCAACCCGCCCCUCGCCCAAGUGAUGAUUACAUGGCCCAUUCUGAGAAGUACAGCCGCGUGCCUUCGCGGCAGCUUGACCCAUCUCCUAUGAACUCGAAGCCUACUGUGGAAGAUAUGUCUCACUCUACUAGUCCUCCCUACUCGUCGAUCCGGCCCAGCUCCAUCACCCAGAAGCAGCUGGAGGUCCUCCGUAGUCAAAAGAAGUACCAUCAAGACCAGCUUCAAUACAACAAGCAUCAAAUCGAUCUUCGAGAUAUGGAACAGCGGCUCCACAAGAUCUGUCUUGAAAUUGAAAAGUUUGAGCGCCUGUACGCGACACAGCUUGAGUUUGAGGCCCGGAAGUAUCCCAAGCUUGAAUCUCCCGACGAAGCCAACUCCAACUCAUCCGCUGGCUAUCCCCACAGUCACAGUGACUCUGACGGGGGCAUGCCUGUUAAUAAAAUGGCCACCUCGGGGUAUGGAGACCAGGAACCUGGUGCUCAGGCUCACGUUCGUUCGGUGAGUGCUCUCGGUCCGGCCAAACCGGCCACGACGGUUAUUUCGGCCAAGAAGCCUCACACUUUGAAGAAUGACAAUGGGCAGCAACGCAAGCCUUCGAGUCUUCCGGUCAAUGCUGCUUUGGCGCCGGUCUUCCAGCCCCGAUCCGAGAUCAGUGGUUCUUUCGUUGCGACGGACCAAACUGACGAAGCUGCACGGGCUCGACAUUGGGAGAGCAUGUCUAAAGCCACUGCCUCUUGGCGUUCAUCGUAUUUCGCCAAGGAGAUUGAAGCCCAAAACAAUUUGGGUUAUCCUUAUCUCGUUGGCAAGCUCAAAUCAGGAGUCUUACCCCAAGACGCCAGACGUGAUGAUUACAUCUACGAGCGUGAGCUUACAGCGGAUGAAGAACGUGCUCGCUCCAUCUACUGGGAAAAGACUCCCCAUUACUUCCAUGGCGACCUUCCCAAGUAUGAUGGCAAGGACUUUUAUCAAGCUCCCGGUGCCAAGGAGAACUCUUUGCACGCAGGCGACACUACCUCUCAAGCCCUCUCUAAACCGGCCGAGACGCAGGCAUCACCUACCAAGUCCAGAUAUGCUGUUCCAUUCAUCAACGUUUCUAAGGCUGCGAGAGGUUCCGCUCGUAAUCUCUUCGAUGAGGUCACCCGUUCCGAGUCUUUGCACCGUACCGACGACUCACUCCGCGCAAGUUCCAAUUCUGAGAUCCCUCGGUCCGAGUCUCACGCUGCUCGCGCUGGCUCUCGAUACACUGAUUUUCGUCGUGUCAUCAAUGAGGUCACACGAGUUUCGAGUGAGAAAUUCCAAGCCAAAGCCUCUGACGACUCUGCUGAAGAAGAGGGCAGUCUGAUCUUCAAAGGACGCCGGGCAACGGACCGAGCUGUCAGCAGCAAGUAUGCGAGCGACAUCUGGUCAACCAUGCGCAAGAAGGGUAAAACGAGCGCCAACGUGAUUGCUGGCCAAGUGUCCCCCAUGACAGCUCAAGGUGUUCUUCCUCACUACUCGGGCCAUGCUACCGCAUCCCUGACCCCGACCAUCACCACCAAUCCUCGCGGCCAUGCUGCCAGACAGGGUGAUAUGAACCCUUCACCUACAGCUCACACUACCCUUGGGGGGCGGGAGGAGAACAGACCUCCUCUUGAGCUUCUUGAACAGCAGCUCCGCAGUGCCAGCUUUCAAGACAAGAACCUUCAUAAGAUCUCUACUCGUUGA